UUGAAAAACCGGCGGCAUGGGUGCUAAAGGCAAAGCAAUAGCGAAGGGUGCGAAAAGCUUAAAAAAAAUCGCGAACGUGGAAACAGGUUCAGUACUGAGAGCAACAAUACAAGCGGGUAAAGCUACCCCUUCUCCACCAUUAGGGCCGAUGUUAGGACAGCAUGGAAUACAGAUUUCAGAAUUUUGUAAGCAGUUUAAUGACAUGACAAGUAAUAUCAAGGAAGGACUGCCUUUACCAACAUGGAUUAAACUAAGAGGGGACCGCAGUAUUGACAUCAGGCAUACUAUGCCAACGACAUCAUAUUUUCUCUGUAGUGCUGCAGGAAUAAAAAAUGGAGCCCAAUCUCCAGGUCAAGAAAUAUCAGGAAAGAUAACACUGAAACAUGUCUAUGAAAUCGCCAAGAUUAAGCAGUCUGAGGGAACAUUGGACAGAUUCAGCCUUCAAAAUAUCUGUAAGAUGAUAAUAGGCAGUGCUCAUUCUUUAGGAUUACAAGUAGUGAAAGACCUUGAUCCAGAGGAAUACAGACAAUUUCUUAUAGAAAGAGAAAAGGUAGUAGAGGAACAAGCAUUGAAACGAAAAGCAGAGUUGGAGGCAAAGUUUUUAAGGAUGAAAGAAAAAGACACAAAAUCAUAACAUAUAAAUCAAGAAUAUAAAAACUUUGACCUGUGACAGUGGAGGCUGAGUUGUUGAAAGAAGACAAUGCCACUUUUGGGAAGGAUCUGGAAAUGUUGACUUGUUAACAACUUAAUUUAAAGCUUGUCUUGCUGUUUAAUACUGUGUUCCUUAAUGAGUAUCAGUGGAGUUGUCUUAAUUAUUUCAGAAAUGGGGUAAAAGGUAAGGGAUCUGUUUGAUGAUGACAGAAUUUAAGUGGUGAAACUAUACAUUAGAUUAUUUGAUUUUUCGUUUUCAUGGAUUCUGAUAGGAACACUUGAGCAUACCACCUUCUUACAAGGCUGUCAUUGAUGUAUUUAUUCAUAAAACACAAUACCAUCUAAUCAACUUUUUAUCAAUAAAUAGGCUAUUAAGCAUGAAUUCAUGAUGUACACGUACAAGACAUGAUAAACUUGUUUAUGGAUUCAUGUGAAAAGAUAUUCAUUAUACAUUACCAUGUAAUUGACUUAGUGAAAUAUUUCAUAUUUAACAUACUCACAUUUAUGUUGGAAAUCAAAUAACAUUUGUGAUAUAGAAACUAUGUAAAAAUGAAUUAACGGCACACAUGUGCUAUGAAUUUCUUUGGAGUUAUCUAUAAAAUAAAUUGAAUUAUGAAUUAUAGAAUGAAUUAAAAUUGUAUCAGAAAAUGAAAUUAAUAGGUUAUUCUACAUGCCAAAAUAAUAUCCCACACCUCCCAGUCAUAAGUGUUUGCAUUAUUAGCAUUAAUGUGAUGAUAUGGUACCUGCAAUAGAAUUCAAAUUUCUAGGCUAUGUAAAAUUUGCUACUAAAGGUAAUUUUUCUUUGUGUUAAAGAAAAAGAUUCACAAUCACAUGUACUUCAAAGAUGAACACUGUAUAUCUAUUGCCAUGAAGUCAUAUGUAUUUAUGUUGAUUACAAUAAAGUCUAUGGAAGAUUUGAA